AUGGCCAGCGCUCCCUGGUACCUCAACAACGAUCGCCCUUCUCUGAAGCAUCAGAAGAACUGGAAGGAGGGGGUCACAGACACCAAGGUCUGGUACGACCGCGGCGCCAAGGUGUUCCAAGCCACCAAGUAUCGCAAGGGCGCAUGCGAAAACUGUGGCUCCAUGGCCCACAAGACCAAGGACUGCCUGGAGAGGCCGCGUACCAAGGGAGCACGCUGGACAGGGAAGAGCAUUGCUGCCGACGAGAAGGUGCAGGACAUCCAGCUGGCGGGCUUUGAUGCGAAGCGUGAUCGAUGGAAUGGGUACAGCAAUGAUGAGUGGGUGAAGGAAGCUGAAAGAUUUGAGAAGGUGGCAGAGUUGAGAGCAGAGAUUCGUCGCAAGGAGCUCAUCGACCAGACGGACGGGGAUGAGGAGCUGGCCGUUGACGCUGACCUGGAGGAGGAGGAGGAUAAGGUGGAUGAGACGGACAAUGCAGGCUUUGCCAAGGUGGAGAAGGCUGUGCGGACAGUGGGUGGCGGGUCCACCGGGACCGUACGGAAUCUACGCAUCCGCGAGGACACAGCCAAGUACCUGCUGAACCUGGAUCUCGACUCAGCCUACUACGACCCCAAGUCUCGGUCGAUGCGGCAAGACCCCAACCCCGAUAAGGACCCCUCCCAGAAAACGUUUGCGGGGGACAACUUUGUGCGCCAGUCUGGCGCCGUGGCGGGCUUCUCCUCGCUCAACGCCUUCUCGGUCACCGCCUACGAGCGCGGGCAGGACGUGCACCUGCAAGCCACCCCCUCCCAGGCCGAGGCCGCCUUCCAGCAGUUCAGGACGCGGAAGGAGGCGCUGGGGCAGAGCAGCAAGGCCGACAUGCUGGCCAAGUAUGGCAACGCUGCAGCCCCGCUGACGGAGGACGUCGCAGCACUGCGUGGCAGCGAGGCCUACGUCGAGUACGACGCCUCAGGCCGGCUGCUGAGGGGCCACGAGGUGGUGGCCCUGAGCAAGUACGAGGAGGACAUCCACCCCGGAAACCACACGUCAGUGUGGGGCUCCUACUGGAAGGAUGGACAGUGGGGCUACGCCUGCUGCCACCAGUUUGUGAAGAACUCGUACUGCACGGGCAAGGUGGGGGAGACGGCGGCCAUGGAAGCCGCCGAGCAGCUGCAUCGCAACAUGCAGAACAAGGUGCAGGAGCUCGAGGCGCGGGAACCCACCUCGAGACCCGAGGGCACCCAGCCAAAUCAAAUGGCGCUGUGGGGCACGGAGACCGAGGAGGGCGUGCAGCUGGACGAUGCCAAGCUGAAGGCAGCCAUCCAGAAGCAGGAGCGGCUGGAGCGGGAGGCGCUGGAGCAGGACGGCCGCAAGCGUGGGUACAAUUCGCUCUCCGCGGACGGGCUGGAGGUCACGGCAGAGGAUAUGGAGGCGUACCGCCUGAAAAGGGCGCGGGACGACGACCCGCUCGCCGCCAUCACGAAGGCAAAAGCGGGGCCGGCGGCGGAUGGGUAUGACCUGGUGUAG